AUGACUGAACACCCCAACUACAAAUACCGACCUCGACGGAGGAAGCACAACAAACAGCGCGUCACUUCCGGCCCAGCCCCCAGGGUAGGAACAUCGCUCCCUAGUCCCAGUCUGCCGAACAUGUCGCCCAGGUACGCAGGCUACAUCCCCAACGCGAGCCUAUCGCCUACGCUGCAGCAGCAAACGGCCUACUCACCAAUGGACUUCCCGAGUCCUGGAGGUAGCGUCGACUACACGGCGGAGAAGAGAUUCAGCCCGGAUAGCUACAAGUUCAACAGCCAGUAUGGGUACGUGGGGUACCAGACCUACCCAAAGAGUCCUUAUUCGAUUCAAAGUGCCGAAGAAACCACCCCCUCGCAUAGUCCCGAACCUAAGUCAAGAAACACACCGGGAAGUCCUGUGGAAGAGAAGGAGGUAGCAGGUAGCAAAACUCCGGAUCUGUCGCCUAUGGACCAGGAUAAAGAUCAGUACCAACAAUACAAAGACGAACAGAGGAAUGCCUCCAUCCAAAACCACUCGCCUAGCACCAGUAUCAGCCCUGCCCAACAAAGCUACAACACUAGAGUGCAGAACUAUAGGCAACCGAACACGAACUAUACCAAUACCCAACCAAUAACGUCGGUACCGAUGGCGAAUGGCCUGUAUAUAAUGUGUGCGAAUAAGAGCAGCGUUGAGCAAGGGCAAAUUGUCACAGGCACGUUUUAUCCUCCAGUUGCGACGUCUCAGGACCAGGAACUGCUUGGUACUUCCCAUAGCAGCCUCAACACCGUGGCUGCUAAUAACCUUCAGUAUUAUAGCACGAAUAUGCAGCCUUACUAUGGCAAGGAAUACAUCUCUUACGAGCAUCAGGAUCCCAACAAGGACUCGUUCUUGGCGUACCAGCACAUGAAGGCCAUGGAAAAGGCCGACUAUCUCCACGCAUACAAACCGAAUGCUGUGGAGGAUUCUUACGAGUAUGCCCAAGAUGGUAGCCAUCUGGUCCAAAGUUACAUACCCAACCCCAGUGAGGAACGCAGUGAUGUGGAUAGUGACGAUGUGGACACUCGCGAGUUUGACAAGUACCUCAAAUACAGUAAUUCCGAGGUGAAUGCCAUCGAUUCGAAUCAUAACUACCAUAGGAACGAUGGAACGAAUCCGAAUGCGUCAUAUAACUUCCAAGCCCAGCACACGUCUGUGAUUUUGCCUAAUAGUAAUGUGAAACCUGAACCUUUUAUCGGUCACUGCCCGGAAGUGUACGAGUUGGCUACAAAUGGUGUGCCCAAGAACGAAGAUGACUUUAGUGAAAUUUUAGCUGGAGUUCGUAAGACAUGCUUUAGUACUUGA